UUGAGCACGUGACGCGGCUGGGGUUUGCAGCUGGUUGUUUCUGCGUACUGACAACAUCCAGUCACUGCAGGGCUGUUCACGGAGACUUCCCAUUGAGGCAAACGAUUAAACAGCAAAAAUGUCAUAUGGGGCUGUUGAUGGAAGCAGCUUCAGUGGACGGAAUCCAUUUGGAGGGUCUUCCAGACAAGGAUAUCAACCUUUAGCAUCACAGAUUGAUCCCAAUGAAAUCCAAGAAGUAUUUCAGGAGCUCACAGCCAACAUUUUUCGCAUUAACACAAACGUGACUUCCUUAGAGAAGAGUUUGCAAGCUCUGGGGACACCUAAUGAUACACAAGAGCUCAGAGAUGGACUGCACACAACUCAGCAGGAGACGAAUAAAACCAUCAGCUCCUCGACAAAGUAUAUCAAGCAGCUUUCGGAAAUAGUUCGUGGAUCAUCCAGGCGGGAAUGGUUGCAAUUGGACAGGCUCAAAAACCAGCUGUCGGACUCUAUUCAGCGCUAUGGAGCUUUGCAGAAGAAACUUGCUGAAAAGUCCAGAGUAUUGCUUCCUGCAACAUUGAAGAGCAGACAGAUUGCCAAGAACCCCUUUACAGGGAUUAGUGAUGAGGACGAGUUCCUUGGAAGGAGCCCCAGUAAAUGGCAGGCCACGGUUGAAGCUUCAGAUCCCGCACAGGCCCAGGGCCAGGCUUUCCUUUCAGAGGUCACGGAGGAUGAAGUGGAAUCGAUAAAACAAAGAGAGGAGGCAUUAUUACAGAUUGAGGCCGACAUGCUGGAUGUGAAUCAGAUUAUUAAGGACCUAGCUUUACUGGUGCAUGAACAGGGGGAAAACAUCGAUAGCAUCGAGGCCAAUAUUGAGAGGGCAGCUACACAUGUUGAUACAGCGAACGAACAGCUUAUGAAAGCAAGUCAGCACCAGAGAAGAGCUCGGAAAAUGAAAUGCUGCUUCAUUCUAACUGCUGUAAUAAUAUUGGCUGUCAUCAUCAUCAUUAUUGUGGUGUCAGUAAAGCAUUGAACUUUGGACAUCAAACUCCAGGGUUUUCCAAUCACAGAAAGAGAAUAAGUCAAAUGGAAUAAUGCUUGACCCCGCAAUCAUUCUCCCAUUGUCAAUGUGUGAGCAGAUAAUACAGAUUCCUGGUGGCAGACAAGUUUACACUAAUCAGCUUCACGAAGUGCAAGUAAUAUCAGAUCAAGUCUUAACAGCCAUUUUUUUAAAAUUAAAUAAUGUAAUAGUAAUAAAGUUUAAAGUUGCUAUCCUU